GCCGUUUCGGUUCAAGCUAGAGCCUGGAAGUACGGAGGGCAGUGCCACCAGACGGGGAUAUCGGUCUUGGCACCAUGAUCAACGCAAGGAAGAAGAUCGUCAAGGACAAGGGUGCGGCCCCUACAGAGCUUGAAGAGGAGGUGGCGAAGGCCCUCCUUGACAUCGAAGUAUCGCCGUCCAGCGAUAUCAAGGCAGACCUGCGCGACAUCUACAUCUCCGGGGCGAAGGAGGUGGACGCGAAGAUGCGCAAGGCAGUCGUCGUGCACUUCCCUUUCCGGGUGUGGGGUGCAGUGAAGAAGAUCCAGGGCCGCCUCAUCCGCGAGCUGGAGAAGAAGUUCCAGAAGAAGCACGUCGUGUUCGUGGCCCACAACCGCGGCCCCGGCGCACCAUCCUGGACAAGAAUUUCCGGCGCAGGGGGCUCAAGGUGCGCCCACGCAGCCGGACGCUCACGGCCGUGCACGACGCAAUCCUGGAGGACAUCGUCGGACCGACCGAGAUUGUGGGCAGGCGCACGCGCAUCAGCCUGGAUGGCACGAAGCUGAUGAAGGUCUUCUUGGAUCCGAAGGACAAGGACAAGGGCGACGUCGAGGAGAAGAUGGCGAGCUUCUCGGCCGUCUACAAGAAGCUCACCAACAAGGAGGCAGUGUUCAUGUUCCCGGACGCCUGAGCGCCUUGCGGCACGUCCGACCCUCGCGGGCAUCGCCAGAGACGCCCCUGAAAAAAUGAUACCUCGUUUUUUGAGGCGUCGAUCUUUGCAGCCUGGGUCCUUCCUCGUCGUCGCCGUCGUCCUCCCUCCCUCGCUCGCUCCCUCCGGGGACGAGAGGGUGGCGCGAGAUGGGCUUAGCUGGUGGCCGUAGCUCCCUCGCCUCGCCGCCUCUCUGGCCGCCCCGCGCCUUGUUGCGUUCUCUCCCCUUCGUGCCUCGCUGUGCUUCGGCGCGCCCCGCCGCUGCCCGACCGCCGUCUGACUC